CCGGUGGUCGCAGCAGUACGCCGAAGGGCGGUGCUGCUGAGGCCUCUGGCAUGGCAUCACUGAGUGGGGGCCGUUGCGUGUGUGCUUGACUAACUUCAGUGGGUGCCCCGGCAAAUCCUGAUCCUGGAGAAUCCGACGAUGAAUAGAGCAGAGUAAAGUCGCUUGUGGCUUCCGUUAUUGACAACUCCGGCGCCUGUCCAUUGCUUCUUCUGCCGAUAUAGUCAGAGAGGACACUCCAGCCAGCAAACAUUUGAUUGUAAUCACAGCGAGGGCUUUGGAGGAUGCAAACGGAGCAAUCCCUGGUUAUCGUUCGGCCAUACAACUCGAGCAGAUCUCUAGUGGAAGCGUUGGACGAAGUCGCAGCCGUAGAUGCCAACCUCCUCCAAGGUCUCCAUGGCUGGCGGGAUGUCGUUGAUGCCAUCGAGACAGCCAAAGCGCAGGACAAUGCCAAGUCUGACAGGUCCAAAAUCCGAGGUCGGUUGAGGAAGUCGGGGCCUGAGAUCGCCUUGUUGGAGUCUUUGGCGGGUAUGAUUCCAGAUCAAGACGGUCUCGGCGUUCUCCGCGGGGGGUUGACGACGCUAUUUAAGAUGGUCUCUUUACGUAUCGAAACCCGCGCAAUGAUCCUCGAGGCGUUCGAGAGCAUUCCUGAGACAUUAAUAGAGGCCGUGCAAGCCAGCAUGCGCUUUCCCGAUGCUUCGGACCUGCUUGAGGCAGUCAGGCGGCUCUAUCACACGCUGGUCGAGAAGGUUGCGACACUGAUAGAAGUUUUGCUGCGCAGCCAUCCCAACAGGAACAAAGUGGUUCGGUUCUUAAGACAUCUUCCGGGUAGGGAGGUGGAGGUUGUUCAGAGCUGUCUCGACGAGGUGUCCCGAGCGGCGGAUCGGGUCUCUCGAUGCUCGACAGCAGCGCUGGAGCGGGCGGUGGGCGAAAUACGGCAAGAGCAACAUAACAUAAGCGAGAGUAUGCGGGGGGUAAAGUCCGGCAUGGACGGAAUCCAGGCCGCGAUAGCCAAUGGGGUAACGCGACUGGAAUCACAGUGGCGUGAGACUGACGCAGGGACGCAUAUCCGUACCGUGGCUGAGAGCAGCCGCAAGAUGCUCGAAGCCGCGAAUCAGAUUCUGAAACUUGGGUGGCAUCAGCAGCAGUACCUCGGUUCUGUCAGACAACAACAGGCUGCGCUGCCUUGGGUUCAAGCCGCGAUCGUUGCAACACCGCGACUGAUGGAGACAGCAGCAUCCUCAGGAUGGGUCUCGUCCCCGGUAUCACCAUCACGAGUGAGCAUCGACGGUCUGUUGCAGGAGCUUGAUGUGCCAGAGGCCGCGGCGGCUGGGGCUCUGGCUCGCGUCAUGCAGCGAAGCUGUCACCCGAGACUGGAUGCCGGCGGCCGGGGUAGCCGACUGGUGACAAUGACGCGUUUCAGAGACUGGCUUGGGGCGCCAUGGUGGGCAUCCGAUUUAGUGCUUGUUGAUGGCCACUGCGGCGAUGUUGCCGCGGACAACGUGUCAGCUAUGUCGGCCAUCUGCGCCUUCCUCAUUGGGGUCCUGAUGGACGGGGAGGGCGACUCAAGCCAAGAUCGACCAGCCGCCAUAGUCCUCCACCACUUCUGUGGACAGCACCGUACACAGCGGGACUCGCUAAGGGGCCCGGGGGGUCUCAUCCGCUCCUUGGUACACCAAUUGUUGGUGCAAACCACCGACGUCGAAAUCUGCACACCCGGCCCGCAGCCAUCACUGGAUUUUAUCGAUGAUGAGCUCCUCGACGGCGUGGGCGAGCACGACAUCCCCAGCCUUUGCCGUGUGUUCUCCGAACUUGUUGUCCGCCUGGACGCUUCCCGUCCGGUCUUCUGCAUUAUCGACGGUGUGUCCGAGAUUGAGACGGUGCUGGAUGGCUGGCAGGAGGAGACCUGCCUCAUCGGCAAUGCUUUGCUCAGCAUGGUGGAAGACGGUCACCGUUCUGGUCCGGGGCUCAGAGUGCUACUCACGAGCUCGAAUCGGAGUGGGGAGCUAGCAGACUUGGUAAUACCGUCUGACAGACGGGUGUCCCUGCUCGCAGGAAAUGCGCGGGGCAGGCGGUCAUACCCAUGGCAACUUGAGAAGGGCCUUAGGGAUUUGCUGAUGACUGGUGAAGCGGGCAAGCACGACGUUGGCGCAGACGGGUUUUGAGAGCUGGCGAUGUCCAAGGGGUGGGUCAGAUUGUGGCUUGAAUCUUGCGUGUGUCGACCCUGUAUUAUCAAAGUUAUGCCGCGUUUUCUUCCAUUGCGGCGCUGAAUUGCCCGUUCAAGAAAAUUUCAGUCCAUGGGUAGAUUGAUUCCUGCAUUCUG